AAGUAAACACCUAGAUACUACUUUUUCCGAUUUCCUCAUUGGAUUUUUUAUUCAUCGUAUGCUUUGUGGCUCAGCAAAUGCAGUUAUUAAAAUAUAAAUCCCGUAAAUACUGUUUGCCCCCACAGUCAUUCGAUAUUGUUGACAACCACUCGGUUGGCACGUGAUUGACAGUUCAGUGCUUUCCAUUCAAUGGACUACCAUGUGCAGAUUGUUUCGAACACGUAAAUGCACUGUUCUUCUUAUUUUUGUUUUACUUCUCACCUUAACUGGACUUGCCCCACAACUAUUUGAGAGGAGAGUGUUUAAUGUGAUAUCACCGUCUCAAGAAACAGCGAAAAGGAAAACAAGAACUGGAAGCUUAAAGCCAGUGAGCAUUUGUGACUGUGAGAAUGACUGCAAAGCUGACGAUUUUUUAAAAGAUUUACUACCUAAUAACACGCCGCCUCCACCGUGCAAGCCUGUGAAUAAUGUUUUAUUCCUGAAGACGCACAAAACUGGGUCCAGUACAGUGACUAACAUUUUAAAUCGCUACGGCGACACAAGAGACUUAAUGUUUGCUUUGCCAAUCUCAAGGUCACUGUAUAGUUUUUACUGGCCUCGACCAUUCCAACUUAGGUUCACACAAGCAUUUGGUAGAGCACCAAAUAUCCUCUGCAACCAUGCGAGAUAUAACAAAGUACCCAUGAACUGGCUCUUCCCAAAGACGACAACUCGCUACAUUACGCUUUUUAGGGAACCAACAGACCAUUUUGAGUCUGUAUUUAACUUUUUUCAUCUUGAUAAACGUCUCUCUAGAUCGAGAAACAAGGUUCUCCCAUUGCACAUGUUUCUUGAAAAUCCCUCUUUUUAUCUUAAACAAGUGCAAAACAUCACAGGAUUGCUAACGUUGGCGAAGAAUCCGACUUUAUUUGAGUUGGGCCUCGAUACAAAAUAUCACGAAAAUUUGGUCACAGUGCGGAACUACAUUCGCUUUCUACAACACGAGUUCGACAUAGUGAUGCUAAUGGAACACUUUGACGAAUCGCUUGUACUCCUUAAACGACGUUUUUGUUGGAAAAUUGAGGACAUUCUAUAUUUUAAACUCAACGAAAGAUUACAAAAACACAAACAGAAAGUACCAAGUACAGUGAGGGACCAAAUUAAACAUUGGAAUUCAGGCGAUGUGCUCUUGUACGAUGCUUUCAAUCGAACACUCUGGGAGAUGAUCAAGGAAGAAGGCCCAGCUUUCUUUGAAGAUCUUUCACUAUUUCGAAGGGAGUUGGAAAAUAUUAAAACAAAAUGCCUUCGGGAGGGAAAUUUUCUAACCAAGCCGUAUUCUGGAAGAUUGGUACAGGGUUAUGCAGUACGAUCAGAUGUCUCUAAAGAACUAAAUGAUACAUGCCACAAAAUGAUUAAGAAUGAAAUUCCAUACCUUGAUUAUCAUCGUGAAAAACUUGUAAAAUUGUAUCAAACCAUUGAUAGAUCAGUAAACAGACCAUUUUAAUCAUGAAGAUUAGUAUGUCAUCAACAUCUUACUCCGGCUAUUCCUGUUUUAAGAGAGUUAUGCUCCCAAAACCAUACAAUCUAUCUCUCCCAUUAAAAAGUAUAUUUGACA